UUUGCCUUGUGUGUGCUUUUGGUACUCUAGAGAAUACCGAUCGCAUAGUUAAUGGAGAAACGGCAAAUAUUCUCGAAUUCCCACAUCAAUGUUCUAUUAUGGAAAAAAAACACCACGUUUGUGGAUGCAGCAUAAUUUCCCCAACCCACAUUUUGACAGCAGCUCAUUGCGUUGAAGACAAACCUAAAGUGAGUGAUUUGCAAGUACGUGUCGGUUCUUCAAAACACGAAUCUGGUGGUACUGUGAAGGAUGUCAAGGCUUACAAAAUCCAUCCGCUCUUUAAUAGCGAACUAAUGGAUUACGAUGCAGCAGUUAUCAGACUAUCUUCUCCUUUAAUAUUCGGUAAUUCAGUAAAAGCCAUUGAACUCUGUACAUCAACACCAAAAGAUGGAACUCCAGCUUUCAUCAGUGGGUGGGGAUUGAUGAAAAAUGAUGGUGAAGACUUAUCACCCGUCCUUAAGAUGGCGAAAGUUGAAACUAUGUCGCACGAAAGUUGCUCCAAAACAGCUUACGGAAAAAAUAUUAAGGAAUGUAUGAUUUGCCUCAAGGGCAAUGGAUCUGAUGCAUGUGAAGGUGACUCUGGUGGCCCCAUGAUAAUAGAAGAGCCGAGUAAAUGUCUGAUCGGUAUCACAUCGUUUGGAUUUCAUUGUGGUUCUGAAAAAUAUCCUGGAGUAUCUGCGUUAGUUCCCAAAUGUUUGACAUUCAUUGAAAAAUCAAUGAAAGAAAUGUAAAAGUCGCAAAUAAAAUGAAACUUUACUCGUAAAUAAAAAAUUGUUAUUUAAUCCUUGUGUCUUUUUUCUCACAUUUCAAUGAUUUAUUUUAUUGCGGGGCCCUUUAACUUUAAAGAUUUUA